GGCCCCCACCCAGCCCCCGCCACCCGCUGCCCCAGGACCUGCGCCUGCUACGUCCCCACCGAACUCCACUGCACCUUCCGCAGCCUCAGGGCCGUGCCCCACAUGCUGGACCCCAAGAUGGAGCGCGUGAACCUGGGGUUCAACCACAUCCGGGUCCUGACGCACGCUUCCUUCCCCGGUCUUGCGAGACUUCAGCUGCUGCUGCUGCACGGAAACGAGAUCGCGGACAUCGCCGAGGGCGCCCUGAGCGACCUGGGCGCACUGCAGAAAUCCCCACUUCCGGCCUCCACUACUUCGGCCUACCCACUUCCGUUUUCGACUGAGAGAUCCCCACUUCCGACUUCCACACCUCCGGUUUCCCCACAGACCUCCCCACUUCCGGUCUCCAGUCAGACCACCCCACUUCCGGUUACCACUCGGAGAUCCCCACUUCUGACUUCCACACUUCCGGUCUCCCCAUGGACCUCUCCACUUCCGGUUUCGACACGGACAUCCCCACUUCCGGCCUCCACCCCUCGAGCAUCCACUGCUCCGACCUCUGCACUUCCGUCCUCCUCACUUCCGGCCUCCUUACUUCCGGCUCCCAGGAGGCCUGGCGGCGGCCGCAGGCAGGGGCGACAGCACAAAGCUCACCGCGCCCGGCCGGGCCCCACGGUGAACCCCCGUGACCCCGUGGUCACGACCCUGCAUGGCCGUGCCCCGGAUGUCCUCCCUUCCCAUCCUGCGGCUUCCCCCGAUGGUGACCCGGGGACCUUUGACCCGCGACCCCCGGCCCCGCCCGCCGUGACCCCGCCCCGUGGCGUCUGGAACGAGCUGGACACGGGCGUGGAGCUGACCCCGGCGGCGCCCGACACGCGUGGAACGGACACGAGUGGAUCUGACUCUGGCACGAUGGACACGCUUGGAAAUGUCACGCGUGGAUCUGAAACUCACACGAUGGUCACACGUGUAAAUAUCACUCGUGAAAGGGACACGAUCACAUCCCUUCCACACUCACCUGAUACACAUGAAGCGCGCAUGCGUGGCUCUGACACACGUGGAAAUGUCAUGCACGCCUCCCCCGCUCCCCCCGUGCUGCGCGAGGCGCCCACGGAGUUCGUGUCGGCCCACGCGGGCCUCACCCUGCACCUGCCCUGCACAGCCCAGGCCUGGCCCCCUGUGGCCCUGCACUGGCGUCUGCCUGACGGGACCCACGCGAGACCCGUGCAUGCGCACACGCACCCUCGACUCAGUGACGUCUACGUCCUCCCCAAUGGCACGCUGGUGCUGCGCCGCCUGCAGGCCCCGCGCCAUGCCGGUGAGUACGAGUGCGUGGCCGCCAACGCGCUGAGCAGCGCGAGACGCACUGUGCACGUCGAAGUCACGCCCGCGCCCGCGCGUCUCCCCCCCAGCGUCCGACCCCGAGGCCCGCUCGCCACGCGCGUGCCCCACGGCGCUGACCUCACGCUGCACUGCCACGCGCGCGGGGAUCCCGCCCCACGCGUGUUCUGGAGGCUGCCAGACGGGCACCUGGUGGAUGCUGGGAGCAGCUCUGACAUCCGGGUCCGCGCCUUUUCCAACGGCACUCUCUCCGUGCGUCCGGUGACGUCACGUGAUGCGGGGGAGUACGUGUGCGUGGCGCGCAACGCGGCGGGCGACGCGCAUGCACGGCUGCGCGUGGAGUUGAUGGCUGGGCCAGGUGCCUCCUAUCUGCAACCCGGGCUUCCCGUGACCCCCGUGACCCCCGUGACCCAGGACGCCGACCCCAGGGAGGACUGCACUGCCUACCACCGCCUCCAGGUCCCAUCCGGUGUCCUGGAAGACCCGGAUGUUCGGGUCGCGAGGCCUGAUGGGAGUGUGGGGAACUGGGACCUGGGGCCUGGGUUAGACCUCGGAUGUGUGACCACAGCUGGGGGGGCGGGGCCUGGGGCGGGUUCUUCCUCUUCCUCUCAGUCACUUCCCUCUCCGUCCCCUACGGCGCCCCAGUGA